GGUGAGGCGACGGAGGCGCACAGACCCGCCGGCGCCGCCGACCGACGACCAGGUCAGCGCCGAGGGAGAGACAGGGCUGGGGCCGUCGGAGUCGGCAGUCUUCGGAGGCGCCGCCGCAGCUCCGGCUGUGGCUCGGACGCAGGGCGCCAGAGCAAGCCAGGCCGCGUUAGGGGACUGACCGAAGAGAGCUGAGAAACGACAAAAGCGGCUUGCGUCUGGCGGCGGGCUGCAGCGCGCAGGCGGUGUGUCGACUCCUCCUGAACCGGCUCGAGGUGUCGGCUCCGACUCUGCCCCGAGCGGUGGGUGACGUCACGCGCCACCGAAGCGACGGCAUCGCCCACGGCGAGGUCGGCGAGGGUCGGCCAGGUGCUCCAGGUCAACUGCGAAGACAAGCUGCACCGACCGGGGGGCCUCGCACAGCGUCCGUCAGUCGGUCGCAUCGUCACGAACGGCGGAAAUCACCGGAACAACGGCCUAAACCGUGUGAACCACGGCCGAAACCGUGAAACCGCCCACAAACCAUCGCGUCGCUCCGUGCGCGACGAGAGCCGACAGCCUGUGAACGCCGCCGCUGAGUGCCGCGCCCCUGAGCACAUCACAGACGGCACAGCUUGACCGGAGCUCAGCUGACCCCUGGCGUGACCUGCUGACGUCCCGCCGCGGCCAUGGACAAGUACGAGAGCCUGGGUAUCGUGGGCGAGGGCUCGUACGGGGUGGUGGUCAAGUGCCGUCACAAGGAGUCCGGCCAGAUUGUCGCCAUCAAGAAGUUCCUGGAGGGCGAGGAGGACGCCCAGGUGAAGAAGAUCGCUAUGAGGGAGGUCCGCAUGCUCAAGCGUCUACGGCACGAGAACCUGGUGAACUUGAUUGAGGUGUUCCGGCGGCGGCGGCGACUCUGCCUGGUGCUGGAGUUUGUGGAGAGCACGGUGCUGGACUUGCUGGAGGCGAAGGAGGAGGGUGGCCUAGAGCCGGCAGCCGUCCGCAGCUACAUCUUUCAGCUGCUGCGGGGCCUCGAGUUUUGCCACACCCAGAACAUCAUUCAUCGCGACAUCAAGCCCGAAAACGUGCUCAUCUCCAAUCUCGGAGUGGUGAAACUGUGCGAUUUCGGCUUUGCCAGACCCCUAGCGGGCCCCGGAGAGAACUGCACUGACUAUGUCGCCACCAGAUGGUACCGGGCUCCGGAGCUGCUCGUCGGCGACACUCGAUACGGAAGGGAGGUGGACGUGUGGGCGGCCGGCUGCCUGUUCGCCGAGAUGCUGACGGGGGACCCGCUGUUUCCGGGCGACAGCGACAUUGACCAGCUGUACCUCAUCAUACAGACCACCGGGCCCCUCUCAAAGGCGCACGUGGAGCUGAUGAGCAACAACCCGGCGCUGUCGGGCCUCCGACUCAACACGGUGCUGCGGCCCAGGUUCAGCGCCAAGUUCCCACAGUGGCCGGAGCUGCAGGUGCACUUCCUGCAGGACUGCCUGGAGAUGGACCCUCAGCAGCGCCCCGGAUGCCGGGAGCUGCUGCAGCACGACUUCUUCACGCACGACCAGUUCCCGCAGCGGCAGCUGCCCGAGAUCAAGCGCAAAAUCCAGCAGAGCCAGGCCCGGAUCUCGGUGGGCCGCCUGGUCGGCUCGCAGCGGCCAGAGCCGGCCGACAGCCGGCCGGAGCCGUCGACGGCCAUCCCGCCGAUCGCCGAGCCGCCGCCGCCGCCGCCGCCGCCGGCAGCACCCUCCCACGGCUGGGUCAAGGACACCCUCAUCGGCUGGGGCGUGCCCGGUCUGGCCAGUGACCCGCUGACUGCCCUGCUGCACCGGUCCUCGGAGCGGCCGCGACCUCUGGCGCCGGUGGCCGGCAGCCGCUCGCCGGCCGUUCUGCGCCGGGGCAGGGAGACGCCGGCCUGCUCCACCUGCCAGGAGGUCACAGCCCGGGGGCACGCCGCCCUCUCCGAGAAACUGUCGCCGCGGCUGGCGACCGUCGAGCGCGCGCUGCAGCAGCGGAGGACGUCCGAGGCCCGCGCCCGGCCCGGCCUCUCGCUGCCCAACGUACCGGGCGCAGGUGAGCUGGACCGGGGCUGA